ACCCGCGCUCUCUGCGCAGUUGAUGGGCUCUAUGGUGGGCGCUGCUGGCUGUUCUGUUUGGUUCUCCGAUUAUUAAAUUAUAUUUUUAUAAUAAAACUCAGUUUAAUAUAAGCUCGCGCUUCAUAUCACACCCACAUUCAGACCUUAUAGCUGACCUAACUCGAAGCUGGAGCGAAACGGCGCCGAACUGAGAUGAAAUGACAACGUCAACACUGCAGGUGCAGCAGAGCAUCAUUGUAAAGCAGAUAAAUAACUCUCAGGUUACAGUUCAGCAUCCACAUAUGGUGGAGAAAGCGAUUGAUCUCGUCACCAAAGCCACAGAGGAGGACAAGGCCAAGAACUAUGAGGAGGCUCUGCGGCUCUACCAGCACGCUGUGGAGUAUUUCCUACACGCUAUAAAGUAUGAGGCUCACAGUGAUAAGGCUAAAGAGAGCAUCCGGGGGAAAUGUAUGCAGUAUCUGGAUCGAGCAGAGAAGUUAAAAGAGUACCUGAAGAAUAAAGACAAACAAGGAAAGAAACCUGUGAAGGAGGCCCAGAGCAAUGACAAGAGUGACAGUGACAGCGAGGGGGAAAACCCAGAGAAGAAGAAACUGCAGGAGCAUUUGAUGGGUGCUAUUGUUAUGGAGAAGCCGAAUGUCAGCUGGAAUGAUGUUGCCGGGCUGGAGGGUGCUAAAGAGGCACUAAAGGAAGCUGUAAUCUUGCCCAUCAAAUUCCCUCACCUUUUCACAGGAAAGCGUACUCCGUGGAGAGGAAUUCUGCUGUUUGGCCCUCCAGGGACGGGAAAAUCGUAUCUGGCUAAAGCUGUCGCCACAGAGGCAAAUAACUCCACCUUCUUCUCAGUCUCUUCCUCAGACCUCAUGUCCAAAUGGCUUGGAGAAAGCGAGAAGUUGGUGAGGAAUCUGUUUGAACUUGCUCGUUUACGUAAGCCAUCAAUCAUCUUCAUUGAUGAGGUGGACUCUCUGUGUGGCUCACGGAGUGAGAACGAGAGUGAGGCAGCCCGGAGGAUCAAAACAGAGUUCCUGGUGCAGAUGCAGGGUGUUGGGAAUAAUAAUGAUAAAAUCCUGGUGCUGGGUGCUACUAACAUCCCCUGGGUGCUCGAUGCUGCUAUUCGGAGAAGGUUUGAGAAGCGGAUCUACAUCCCCCUCCCAGAGGAGCCAGCGCGGGCGGCCAUGUUCCGGCUGCACCUGGGGAACACUCCGCACAGCCUGACCGAAGCUGACCUGCGGCAGCUCGCUCGCAAGACUGACGGCUACUCCGGAGCCGACAUCAGCAUUAUUGUCAGAGAUGCAUUGAUGCAGCCUGUGCGCAAAGUUCAGUCUGCCACACACUUCAAGAAGGUGCGCGGACCUUCCCGUAGUAACCCCUCCAUGACGGUGGAUGACCUCCUGACCCCCUGCUCCCCUGGAGACCCUGCCGCCAUAGAGAUGACCUGGAUGGAUGUUCCGGGUGACAAGCUUCUAGAACCCAUAGUGUGCAUGGCUGAUAUGCUUCGUUCUCUGGCCACCACACGGCCCACGGUGAACGCUGAAGAUUUACUGAAGGUGAAAAAGUUCACCGAGGAUUUCGGGCAGGAGGGCUGAGGUUCACUUAACAUCCCAUAACUGCUCUACCACUGCAGCAGCGCCCCCUACAGAACAACCCCGGACUAUCAAACACCCCAUCCCUCCCCAUCCUAGCUAACAGUGCUCCACGCUACACACCACCUGCUAACAUCUGGAUUGUCUUUUGGAGGCAGAACUGUGAAAGUGUUUAAUGAAGGAACCCCCUCCCCCACAGGCCUGAAGCUAAAAUGAAGCAUUGCUCAUUGAAGGACAAGUGUGUGUGUUUAUGACUGACUGACUGUGUUUAUUUAAAUGUGCAGCCCUGCACACCACAGGGUGACCCCUCCCCCUUUUUCCUUGAACUUACUGCUAUAUUUAUUUAAUUCUCUGGAUUAAACGUUUACCUGCCCCUCUGAUCCGGACUCAUCGCCCUUUAGAUCCUUUAGUUCAUCAGAACCGGACAUCGCUUACCCUUAGCUAGAGUUCGCUGUCUUCAGUAUUUCUGUACACGGCCUAGAACUGUUUGCAGCAGGAGGGUUACACAACCCACAUACACUUCAUUACAUUAAUAUUAUUAAUAUUAAUAACAGUAAUAAUAAUGAUUGUGAAAAUUAAUAGGUAUGCCUGCUGCGGAGGAUAUUUUCUGAUUUUGUUGUCAUUUUGUUCUCUGUAUUUGUAGAGGUAAAGGUUCCUUUGGACAGUGAUUUCAGUCUUCAUGGAGACUGCACCGUUGUCUCCUGUUGCUAUGGCUACCAGGUUUGACUGAAUUAAAUCUGAAUUGUAAAGAAAA